AUGCACUUACAUGAUGAACCCCAGGCAGAGAGGUUGUACACACAGUGGAUGCUGCAGAUUCUCCACUCGGCUUUCAACUUGGGAAUUGCGGUUUUUACCUUUGCAUGUUGGAAGCAGCCGCCCUUGCGUGGGUGGACUCGGCGUUGCUUGUGGCUAAUUCUGGCAGUCGUUGCAGAAGACUUCCUCCACUUUCAGCUGGUUGAGGACUGCGAAUUUGCGUCGGCAAUGCCAGGCUGCUGUUCCUUUCCUUCGCCACAUGAUGUGAAUGCAGAGGGAGGACAUACCCUUUGGAAAAUGUGUGCUUUGGACCAUCGCUGUGCAUACCAGAAUCCUGCUUCAAGUUUCGACAACCACUCCUAUUUCUGCAAACUUUCGGAAGAGUUCUUUCACCAUGGCCAUGGGCACCAGAGCCAUGGGAGCCAUGGUCACGAGAGCGAAAGUGAAGCGCAUGGAGAAGCACAUCAGUCACAGUCUGACACGCAUGGUCUUUGGGCAGAUCAGAGGGGUGCCGUUUUGCCGAUCAGAGCAAGUUGCACCGAGCUGAAAAGACGUUGGUUGGCUUUUCCAGAUGAGUUAAAAAUUGAAGAGAGCAGUGAGCACGAAGAGUCUUUCUCAGCAGUCUUCAAGCAGUUGAAACUCAUCGGGAAUGCGGGCAACAUUGAGUUUAAAUUUGCGGUCAUUGGCAUUCUCUUGAAGGUGAUCCUCUUUGUGGAGCAUCCCAACAGCGAUCGGAUCCUGGAAUUAAGACACCAAUCAACUGGGCAUUGA